AUGAUUCCCGAUUUUGCGGCUAUCAUUACAUCCAUCAGUACUACAGGCAUCGUUCAUGACACUCUGGUUUUUUGGGUAGAGGUCAAACCCUUGGAUGGUCAUGCUGCUGGCAACCCUGAUAGCGUAAAAUCAGUCAAGGAUAUUGCAGAUGCAAUAGCUGUUAACUCAAUCAUUCAGGUCAACAAGCAGGCACUGUUCUCCUUCCGCCACUUUGAAGGCAACAUCCAUUAUGCAUUCUUGAUGGUUGGAGCCUACUUCACAUUGUUGGAGUAUGAAAGGCCGGCGAACCUUACGCCAUAUGUGCGGCCUGCCGGUUCCCUUCCCACAUCACCACAGAAACGAGCGAGGAGUGACAUUCGAAAAAACAUUCACGAUGAUCUGGGAGACCCUGCCUCUAUCGAACCCGAAGUCUUGUAUUUCAACGAGCCUAUUUUCAUAGAUCGUGUAGCGGGCUUUAGCCCGUUGUAUCUGAGGGCACUAGAUGCCGUCGCCGAGGCAUCUGUGGGGCUUUUUCAGGACUUCAGGAGGCCUACCGUUUUCGGUGGCCCGCGCGCUAUCGCACAACCUCCAGGAGAAAGGUCAAUUGGGCAGGACAUGGUGCAUUCUAAGCUACUCGGGGAACAACAAAGAUAUGCCGAAACGCAGUCUCCUUUCACUCAGAAUCCUCCCAUGCUAUCAGUGGCAUCUACAGUAUCCGUCUUUGAACCUGGCGCGCCCAACUUUCCAACCGUACGAUCUCCGCCUAUGACGCGCUCUCGAGUACGUGCAGCAACAGAAGCCGCCCUACGAGCAACGAAAGAAGCAGAAAGACUCGCACAGUCCAAUCUAUCAGCGGACGCCGUCAUCGGGGCAGCACAGGAAGCAGGAAGACUUGCUCAGGCCGUUUUAGAAGCAGUCCAAGAAGAAGAGAAUGCUCAACAAGCAGAGUCCAAAAGGUCGCCCUUUUCGUCAUCGUCUCCUUGGACAGUUCUCUCUUCCCCGUUGGCUGCGGAGAGUUCCCCGAUAAAUUUACGGGGAUCUGCUCGAGCUCACGAGUAUGGAAGCUUGCUUGCACCGAUUGAUAUUCCUCUUGAUUACCGGGCCCCCUCGACCCAAACCAUGGGAGGCAUUCGCGACGAAGACGAGCCCAUGUCAUAUGCCGGAGCAUCUACCGAAUCCUUACUGUUUAAUCCCUCGACUCCAGCCAUUAUUGACGAAGAUGAGCCUAUGCCACUUGCCAGAGCAUCUACCCAUCCCUUAUUUUUCCCCUCGACUCCAUCCUCAAGUGGCGAUGUUAACGAAGGCGGAUCCACGUCGUCUGCUGGACUAACGUCUACAUCGAGGGGUCUGGCUGCUCCUCAUGUCGUCCUUGGGUCCCCCUUUGAUGCAAUACCGCGCCUCGCUCUUCCCAAAGAUCCUCCAGCCCUCAAGGGAAGUGGUAAGAAGAAGACUCGUAACUAA